AUGUUUACUAAUACACGAAAGCUGUAAAAUCUGAAAGUCCGAACCAGCUUCUGUUGUUUCAGAAAAUAACUGUCCAUCUUAAGUGCGAACUGGGGACUUCCUGUGUCAGAGAUGUCUGUGAGAUAAGCUAGAGUAUUUAUAAAUGCCCCCUGGUGACACUUCCCUGUCACUUACUUCAUGAUGCAGAACUUCUCCUCCAACACCACCACUGAGGACCCUGGAAGACCCAGCCAAGCUGUGGUUCCCAGUGUGAUCCUGAGCUUGUGUUUUCUUGUCGGAAUCCCGGGAAACAUCUGGGUGAUUGUGACGAUACUUCGCCAUUUCAAGAAGGACAACUUCACUUUGAAGCUGAUGUUGAACCUGGCGUUCUUUGACAUCAUGUGCCUUUUCACUGUUCCAGGUUGUGUGCACAACAUGCUGCACGGAUGGAAUCUGGGUUCUGCAUCUUGCAAGAUACUCUACUACAUUCUCUUCUGCAGUUUAUAUGGAAGCGUGCUGACAGUCACCCUGAUGAGUGUGCAGCGCUUCCUGCAGGUUCUGUACUCCCAGUACUGGGCGAAAGUGCGUGGGUCUGGGGAAAGGGUGCUACUGGGCUCCCUGUGGAUGGCAGCCUGUGUCAUUGCAUCUCCUACCAUCUCAGCUAUGAAUUUAACAGAAAAAUCUGGACACCUUCUAUGCUGGUAUGACUUUACAUCAGACUUGGAAAGACUGGCAACCUCAAUAACAGAGACCGUGUUCGGUUUUGUGAUUCCUUUCUCCAUCAUGGUCACAUCUUACUGCUGUCUUUACAAGAAAUUGAAUCAAACUGCUUUUUUUCACAGCCAGAGAAUGACCAAGCUGGUAACCAGCCUUGUGCUGGCCUUCUUCAUCUUCUGGUCUCCUGUACAUAUAUUUAAUAUUCUGGAGGUAACCUUUAUCCUUCUAAAACCAGCCGAUUCCCAGGCAUCAGCUGAUCUGAAGGAGUUCUAUGACACCAGUGAUCAAAUCACGGCAUCUCUGGUCUUCCUCAACAGCUGUGUGGACCCCUUUCUGUAUGCGUUUGCCGCAAGACACAUUCGCGGAAAUCCUGAGUCAAACAAGAGAACGCAGGAUGCCUCCACUAGCAACACGGGUCGGUGCUGA